AUGGACGACUGUUGUCCCCGGGCGCCGAUAAACUCUCGACGGCUUCGGCGGAAGCGAGGCGACUCUCGCUGGCCAGGCGACGGUGAUUACGGCGAAGGCGAAAGUUCAGCCGAGUCCGAGGGUCCAACGGCGUGGGCUGGCUGGCUGGCUGACUGGCAGGUCGACGGCUGGGCUGGCUGGCUGGCUGGCGACCAUCCACCUCACCCGACUUGCCAGCUGCCGCGCUUUCGAUCGUUCCGGUCCUCGUCCUGA